AUAACACUGUAUCCAUAUUCAAUCAUAGUUUUGUCCUACAAAUUGAAAAAUAUAUUGCCUCUUGGCUAUACUUUAAUUUUAAAUUAAUUUUGCUUGGCAACGCAUGAAGCAUUCCUCUCCUUUUGUUAUGUACAUGUUAAAAUUUAAAAGAAUGUAAGAAAAAGCCAAGAGAGUUCAUGUCACACUAAAUCAACAUUUUCAGCCAGAAUUUAGAAUGGAGUUUUGAACACAAGCGGAGAGACAAGGAAAAAGACAGCGAACAUUUUUCUUUUCUUUUUUUCUAUCUCUUUUUAGCACAUGACAAUUGAUAACAUACCAUAUUCUAACCCUCCUCCGCCAGAGAGGAUGGAUUCUCUUUAUUAUAAACAUUUACCUACACAAGACCAUGUCCCAGUUGCUAUAGAAGACGUUGCUUAUACCACAGGCGUCACAACGACAUCAGACUCGUUUCGUAAAAGAAACCAAGCAUAUACACGUAAACCCAAUAGCGACUAUGACGACUCAGACUUGGACUUGACCAAGUCUAGUAAAUUCAGACAAAAGAAAGAAAAAGACAAAAGGAUUUCUCGAAAGAAAGAUUUGUAUAUAGCUGCAGCCUUGACUCUCUGGGCUGCUUAUAUUCGAUUAUAUAAGAUACACCAACCUUCUUCUGUUGUGUUUGAUGAGGUUCAUUUUGGUGGAUUUGCCACGAAAUAUAUUCGAACUCGAUUCUUUAUGGACGUGCACCCACCUUUGGCAAAAAUGUUGAUUGCACUUGUUGGAAAACUAGCUGGUUUAGAUGGAUUUGAUUUUAAAGAGAUUGGAAAGGAUUAUCUUAAAGAGAAUGUGCCUUAUGUAGUUAUGCGCACAUUUUGUGGCAUAAUGGGAUUGUUGGUAGUACCAAUUGCUUACCUCACUAUUCGUGGAUCAGGCCAUUCUAUUGCCGCUGGAUUAGUUGCUGCUUUUAUGGUCUGCUAUGAAAAUGGCUUGAUUGCUAAUAACAGAUUAAUCUUGUUGGAUCCUCCACUCUUGUUUUUUACUGCUGCUACCACACUUGCUUGGAUCAAUUUCCAUAACCAAAAGCGCAAGCCAUUUCAAUUUUGGUGGUAUUUUUGGUUAAUAUUGACAGGUUUAGGUUUGGGAUUGACUGUCAGUUGUAAAUGGGUUGGUUUGUUUACUAUUGCUACCAUUGGCCUUUCUACCAUUAAAAACCUGUGGGAGAUUUGGGGAAAUACACGUAUUCCAGUGCCUGUUUUUAUUAGACAUUUUGGUGCUCGGGCAUUGGCUUUGAUUGUAUUGCCCAUUGUGGUUUAUAUGCUUAUGUUUCAAAUCCAUUUUCAUUCGUUACCUAACAGUGGAGAAGGUGAUGGCUUUAUGUCCCCUGAAUUUCAACAGACAUUGGAUGGUCAUACAAGUAUCAGUACACCUAUUGAUAUUGCCUAUGGAUCUAAAGUGUUUAUUCGACAUGUAGCUACAAGAGGCGGUUAUCUUCAUUCUCACUCUCAUAAUUACCCUGCCGGUAGUAAGCAACAACAAGUAACCCUGUAUCCUCAUCGUGAUGAUAACAAUUGGUGGACGAUCUACAAAGUAGGGGACGAACAUCCCACAACCAUUGACUAUGUCAAGCAUGGCGAUAUUAUCACACUUAAACAUUCAGAUUCAGAUAAGCGUUUGCAUUCACACGAUAUUCGUCCACCAAUGACAGACGUUGAUUAUCACAAUGAAGUGAGUGCUUAUGGUUUUGAGAACUUUACGGGAGACGCUAAUGACCAUUGGCGAGUGGAAAUCAUUCAGGGUGAGAAAUCUGACCCAGAAUCGAAGCAGCGAUUGAGAACAAUUCACACCAAAUUUGCUCUUGUGCAUACCAUGCAACAUUGUUCCCUAUUCUCUCAUUCUGUAAAACUACCCGAAUGGGGAUUUGAUCAACAAGAGGUAACAUGUAUCAAGAAUGGAAAGAUUGAAAAGACGGUUUGGUAUAUUGAAUCUACCGAGAAUCCAUUGCUACCUGAAGAUACUGAAAAAGUGUCUUAUAAAAAAUUGAGCUUUUUGGACAAGUUUCUCGAGUUAAACAAGGUCAUGUGGGAUACAAACAAAGGUCUAACUUCUUCUCAUCCAUAUGAUUCAAGACCAGAGUCUUGGCCCUUAUUACGUCGAGGUAUCAACUUUUGGUCAAAGGACAAACUUCACCUUUAUUUGUUGGGAAACCCGCUUGUUUACUGGACGGCCACAACGUCUAUUUUAGUAUGUCUUAUGCUCAAGGGUGUAUUUGUCAUACUUGAUAAAAGAGGAAUACAAAAAGAUUUUGGAGGUAAAAAUGGAUCAACAAAUCAAAAGUUUCUCUGCGCACUGACACACAAAGCUUAUUAUGAUUAG